UCUCAACACUGUACAAUGUUCAAGUUGGUGGUUUUAUUGUCCGCGGUCGCUUUGGCUGUCGCCAAACCCAGUCCGUACGUACCCAUAGCGUACACCGCGGUGCCAGCUGUCAGCUCAGUGUCGCAGUACAGUAACAGCGUAGUUCACGGAUCGCCCGUCGUACCUGCUGUAUACAGCGCUUCAUACUCGCCAUACGUAACUGGCGUCGUACCUGUCUCUGCCUUAUCGCAAGCACCUAACUCUCCCGCUGUCGUUCUCGAUGCUGUUAACGGAGUUCCUUUGGAUACACCUGAAGUAGUCGCCAGCCGUAUCGCUCACUACCAAGCCAAGGCUCUCGCCGGUGUGCAUCAUCUCGCCAAGCGCUCACUCGUGCCAGUAACCUACAGUUCCGUGGUUGCUCCUGGUUUCCAGAACGUUGUAUCUCCGGUCUACUCAGCACCUUAUGGGACUACCUACACUGCUCCUUUCGCAUCUACUUACGGCUACUCCGCUGUAGUACCCAAGGCUCUCUCUGUGCACCCCUGGUAAAUAAAUAUAGUCACAACGAACAAUGUUUAAAAAACUUAGCUAUUGUAUGUCAAAUAAGUCGA